AUGGAAAAUAGAUAUUUUAUAAUUAUUGAUGCAACUUUCGAGUCUCAAGCACCUUUUUUCGCUCAAAAUCCUAUAUUUCAAACAUGGUUACGUGCUUUUAAUAAUGUAGCUGAAGCAUUACAAUUUAUAUCACAAAUAAGAUUACCAUAUAGUAUAAAUGUAUAUUUAGCAAGAGAUAAUAUUCUUGAUGAUGGUCUACCAUCCGAUAUAAAUGGGCAAACGCGUACUCUUAUUCGUACUUUAAGCGAUUUACAGACAGUUCAUCUUGUUACUAUAUUUACUCCCAAUAUUAGUACUGAUCUUCUCCAACAAAUACGUGUUAUUACUCCUUCUCCAAGAUUGAUAAAAGGCGUCAUUUCAGUGAUCGAUUUACAUGGAUAUAUGUGUAUCGAAGGUGAAUGCCAUUUUCAACAAGAAAUAACUCGUUGCAUGGUUACAAAUGAAGCACAUCUUAUACCAAAUUUAAUUAGAAAUAGAGAUGAGUUAUCGAAAUAUUUGGAAAAGAUUAAAAAAGAUCGACAACGGAUACUAGAUGCUGUGGUAGAAGAACAUUCUAAUAGGCCCGGUGAAGAACCAGAAUAA